AUGGUUAAGGUAUCAAUGUUGCAUUCAACAUCACAAACAGUGAGUCUAUGUAAACAGAGAAAGGAGAUUAUUAAAGCUGCUAAGUGUUGUAGGUAUGAUUUAGUCACAAACUUUGUGUUGUACUUGGAUUCACUUUUGGUGCUAGGAAAUUCCCUCAACAACUACGUGGAGAAAGAGUUGCUGAUUUAUGAUAAUUGCUGUGGCCACUUGGAGUUUUCCUCUUCCUCUGACUCUGAUUCUGAUUUGGAUUCUUUGCUUCACCAUGUUGAUGAGGAAGAACCAGUAAGCAUUCAUCAUAUGUUGGAAGUGGAGGACGAAUCCAGCACUAGCGACGACGAGGAGAUAGAGGGAGCCCAAAGCACGAGCACAAGCACUGAGGAGUCAACACCGAAGACUGCCAGUCCCCGGAUUCGCAAGAACAAUACUCAUAUUCCCAUGUCACAUGGAGAUUUUGGACACCAUGAGCAUAGUCAAGAGAUGGAAACUUUGGGAACUCCAAUGUAUUAUUUUUCCCACUACAAUGAAAUGUAUGCGCAUUAUAGUACUGAGGCAUUUCCAAUGGGUGUACCUGUAGUUGUACCCCCAAGUCAUGAUGAUCCAAUGUCUCAAAUGCAUGGACCUAAGAAGAAUAACACUGUUACUCCCUUACCUACUCCAGCCCCACCUGAAAACUCUACAUGGGAUUUCUUAUAUCCAUUUAGCAUGAAUAAUGAUGUUUCAUAUGAACAUGAUCUGGAUGAGAGGGAAAUAAGGAAAAGAGAAGGGAUUCCUGAUUUAGAAGAAGAAAGUGGUGAGAAAAGUAAAGAAAGUGAAGAAACUUUUCAUUCAACCAUGGGAGUUUUUUACCAGAAGGAAAUGGAUAGUGGAAUAAGGCUUGGCUCAGGUGAUGAAAAUGGAACAAGGCUUGGCUCAGAUGAUGGAAAUGGAACAAGGCUUGGCUCAGGUGAUGGAAAUGGAACAAGGCUUGGCUCAGGUGAUGGAAAUGGAACUAGGCUUGGCUCAAGUGAUGGAAAUGGAACUAGGCUUGGCUCAGGUGAUGGCACUUCCAAUGUUACACAGUCAAAUGCUAAAAAGGGUGCAUUUUCAAACAAAGGUAAAGAGCUUAUCAUUAUGGUUAGGGGAGAAACAAAUGAGAAGAAGUGUGACUUGGGGCCUAAGACAAAAGGGCAGGACACUGAAUCUUCUGAAACCAGUCUUCAGGAAGCAGUGGUGGAUAUAAGGAACCAAUGCAAGUAUCUAGUUGAUUGUGGAAAAGAAUUCUCAUCAGUUAUAGAGGUGGCAAAGCGACAGCAUCAUUCUGCAAGCACCAAAUUAAAGGGUAUGGUCUCUGGUCUUGCAAAAAGGUGUUUGUACCCUUCACACAUGUCAUACCAACCAGCUCCUAAAGCAAGGUUGUUGUCCAAGGCUGAUAUGAAAAGCAAUCAAGAUCAUGAAACAUCAAGUGACCUUUUAUCAACAUUGGAGAGGCUUCAUGUCUGGGAGGAUAAACUCUAUAGAGAAGUAAAGGGUGAAGAAAAACUUGGAAUUCUCUAUGAUAAGCAGUUCAAGAGACUAAAGGAAAUGGAUGAUAAAGGUUUUGACCCAGAUCAGAUUGAUGAUGCUCUUGCUGCUUUUAAACUACUAAAUUCAGAAAUGAAAGUAGCUGUUACAUCAAUCAGUGCAAAAUCAAGAGAGAUACAUGAGUUGAGAGAUAAUAAGCUGCUUCCUGAACUGAAUAAAUUGAUUGAUGGCUUAACAAGAUUGUGGACCGUCAUGAAUACAUGCCAUCAGAAACAAUUCAAAGCUAUCAAAAAUGCCAAAAGUCAUGUUCACAUACUAGGUCCUGGGAACAUGAAAAAAAAAUCAAGCUCAAAAGGUACUUUGAGACUGGAAAAGGUGAUCUUGAAUUGGGGAAUGUGCUUCAGAAACUUCAUCAACACACAGAAGACCCUUGUGAAACACUUACAUAACUGGCUUCUGAGGUUCAUUCUUGAAUCAACUAAAGAUGGGACUAAUCCUCUCUUGCCAAGUGAUGCAGAAGCUCCUCCUAUUUUCAGAGUUUGCAACAAUUGGUACCAAGCAAUUGACAAAAUUUCAGAAGUUAAAGUCUCUGAAGCCAUUAGUACUUUUGCCUCAAGCUUGCACCAGUUAUAUGUGAAACUGAAAGAGGAAAAGAAAUUAAAAGCUAAACUGAAUAAACUUGUACAGAAUUAUCAGCACCAGCUUCAACCUUUUUGUGAUGAGAAUGGUAACAACGCUAAGAAGUGUGACUCUUUUAUCAAAAUGAAACCCUCAGAAAUUUCUAUACUGGAUGAUAUUCCAAAACUGAGAGUUUUUGAUGAAGAUUUAGCAAAUUCAAGGAGAAGACUGGUUGAAUUGAGAAAGAAGCACCAUGAAGUUUUUCUGCAUGUUAAUGAUGUUGCUUCAAGUUUCUUACAUGAGGGUCUCACUCCCAUCUUUGAUGCUUUGCAGAGCUUCUGUUUAGAAAAUCUGAGAGUAUAUGAGCAGCUCAGACUUCCAAGCUCUGGUAAUGGCACCGAUGGAUAA